AUGGGUAAUGCAGGCUCAAAGGUCUGCGAGACCGAGAAAUUCGAGCAGCAUCAGCAGAGUUUUGCAAGAGCAAGCGAGACUUUCUCGCAAAAACGACCACACUCACCAGGAUUUGAUCUAAUCCAAGAUGCCCAGCCUACGCCCAAACGCAAUCGGCCCAAUGAUGAUCGAAUUGAGGAAGUACGACGGGACCUCGUGCGACGUUUCGAGGCUUUGAGACCACAAGCUAGCGCCCAGGCUGCUCAGUCAAUCGAGAUUCAGAAGAGAGCUGUUCGAGUUGGCUCGGGUGAAGCAGGAUUUACCUCAGAAGAAGAACAGCCAUCCUCACCUUCUUCUGGCGCCACUUUUGGUCAUUCUGAACUCGCUGACGUUGCAGCCGAGCAACCAAAAAACUCAACUCCAUGCGUGGCGUAUUCGAGGUCUCCAUCGCCUGAGUUGCUUGCACCCCAGGUUGAUGACGGCUUUGGCUAUGGUUGGUCAACCCGCCAUACGAACGCUGAUCUAGCAGAAUUGUCGAAGAUCUUGCUGCUAACAAACGACUGGCCGGACUAUGCAACUGCCUUUCGUAAGUCGGCACAGCAGGAAGACGAUAGCGACACAUUUGCGAACAACGAGCAGCUCACUCGCAAUGGGCUAGGUAUCAAGUUGGCCAUUUCAGCUUUAAGCCAAAUUGAUCUCAAGUCUGACAUAACUGGGUCAGGUUCUGCGGAAUCCAAGGCUCUAGAAAACACAGCGCUCAAACCUGACGAUGCUUCUCUGCAAUUGCCGAACUCAAGUGGAGUCGAUCAAGCUUUUGACGAGCUUGACACUGCGCGCCAUAAAGGCGAUACAGUCAAAGCAAAAGUCUUGGCCGCUCCCAAUCAUCUUACGAGUUCGGACAGGCAGAUCGCAUUGACAGGAGUAUGGCAGAGGUAUGAUGGUUCACAGAGCCCGCCAUUUCCCAGAUCGCAACAAAAUUGGUCUCCCAACAACCACCAUAGCUGGAAAUCAACAUGGGAAUCGCUUCGGUCGGAGAGAUGA